AUGUCUCUUCUAGUCAAAGUUGCUGUGAAACAAAAGAGAAAGGAAAAAGGUGAGGAUCCUGAGGUUCAACAGGAUAACUUGAUCUUAAAACAUCAGGAAGGAAGCUCUGUGCGAGGAGAGAAGGUUACUUCACACAACAUGGAUGUAGAAACUGUUGCUGAAUCACUUGGAGCAGUUAUUCUAUCAAUAGAGAAGGUCCCUCAAAAGGCUAUUGUUAACAAGGAAGGGGCGCAAAAUAGGAAAUGGACAAGAAGGAAGACUACAAAGGAAGUGAAAUCUGGUAGUGGAAAGACUGUUAAACCAAAGCUCGUGAAGCGACAACUUGUGGAUGUUAUGAUAACAGAGGGUCCUAUUGAAAAAGGUAUUCUUGGAGAAAAGAAAAGGAAACAAACUGCAACUGUUAGCGAAGGUCACAACUUGUUAACAGAGGUGGUGUUGGAUGACCAACACCGCCUUCCCCAAUGA